AUGUUUGAUUUAAUAAAGAAUGGUACAACAAGUAUACGGAUGACCUUCAACGAACCGGUUCCUAGUGGUGGGAUUGUACUAGUAGCCAUGGGUGAAAUCGAUUCGCUGCUAAUGUUAGAUAGGAACAGAACUAUUUCCACCGAUAUUUCAGUAUAAAAACCCUCAAUUUUCCUUAUUUUUUCAUUCUCCCAUUUCAUUUUAAA